GGUCGAGAGUUCAAAUGUGGGUUCUCUCUGUUGGAUACUCAUGUCUGUGGUCUCCCUCUCCCUCUCCUUCUCCCUCCCUCCCUCUUCCUCUCCCUCUCCUUCUCCCUCUCUCCCUCUCCCUCUCCGUUUCCUUCUCCCUCUCUCCCUCUCCCUCUCCCUCCCCGUUUCCUUCUCCCUCUCUCCCUCUCCCUCUCCCUCUUCUUCUCCCUCUCCCCCUCUCCCUCUCUCCCUCUCCCUCUCUUGAUGACAUGUCUGUGUUGCAGGUACGUGUUAGACAUCGAGACAGGCAGAGACUUCUUCCUCUCAGCUGUGGUCUAUACGAAUGCCAACGAGAUUCUUAAUGAUGACGUAUACGAGUACUCGAUGGCCGACGAGUUGUUUGCUGACGUGGCAGAGGUUGUGGCACGUGCAGUCUGGAAAAUCCCACCCUUUUUCUCCAUACGGCCUCCUUUAUCCGACAAGGAUAAUUGUCAUCAAGCAUCGUUCUGCCAGAAAACUCAACGAAGGCAGCCUGAAGCAGAAUGCCUACCAGGUACUCGAUCAGACAACGACGAUGAUCUAUUAAUAGAAACUCGGCCCAUCUCGAGACGAGCGGCAAGCUCUCAUCAUCUCGACCACUACGACGAUGACACGUGGACGCAUUCCAAUCAGCAGCACCACCAGCAGCAGCAGCAGCAGCAGAGCGGAAGCUCUCUUCUUGAUGACCGACUCGCUAGCUCGACAGCUCCCGUUACCCUUCCCCUGAAUACAACGCCCCCUGAUCAUCAUCAAUGCAGCAGACAAGAGACUAAGUUCAACUUUCCGGUACAAUGCAGUCAUGACCAAAUACAACGCACCCCGAACGAGGGCGCGAUGAGUUCGGGGGGGGAACACGGUAGCCGCUGCGCCACGUGUCAGUCCAGACCGGAUAAGGUUGAGCAUCGGGACGGUAAUGAGGAGUCCCGAUCGCGACGGUCUCCAUCUGCAAUCAUCGAGCAGAUCAAGUCUCAGGGGCCCAUCGUCGCCGGGGUUGUAAGAGAAGACCUGCAAUCAAUUCUGAGCGGUCUGCAGAGCUCGGCGCGCAGUAACGAGGCAGCAGAAGAGUCUCAGUCCGUAUCUAAGUCAGAUUCCGGACCAGAUUUUACUUUGUCGUUUCCCCCUCCGGGAGCCAAUCAGGCUUCUUCUGAAUCAGAUGCAGAACAACAAGGGGGGCCGGGUGGCACUGUAAGAGACAUGAUCGUGACAGUUGCCCAAGCCCAUGAUUAUGAUGAUGAUGAUGACGAUGAUAUAAUUGCAAAAUGUGUGACGUGGAAGAACGGUUCGCGUCCACGUGGCACAGACGGACGGUGCUCAGCGAUGACAACCUCCAUGCAGGCUCCAGAGAUAUCUAUGGAAGACGGCGAUGGCGGCCACGUGGCCCACGUCGACUUCAGAAUUGCUUGUCCUGGUCCGAUCAUCUCUGCCUCUGCUGUGCAAUGCCACGUGGCUGAUCGUGAUCGUCUCGAAGAUCGGGAUCAGCUUGAUAACCAUCAGUCGUCUAAUUACGGUGAUCGGGGUGUGAGAGCAGAACAGACAUCCGAGUCCGAGUCAGAGGUAUCGCGGCUGCGCGAGUCUUUGAAGACAGAGUCUGACACAGAUCCCGACUUCAGAGGAUCCGUACCAGUAUCGCCACUCCGUAUCCCGACCGCUAAGAGAGGCGCUCAAUCAACCGAUCAAGUCGCGAUCGAUCGAGUCCCGAUCGGUCAAGUCGUGGUCGAGCAAGUUGCGACAGACACAGAUCCCGACCUCAGAGGAUCCACCACACCAGUAUCGCCAACCCGUAUCCGGAUCGCUAAGAGAGACACCCAAUCAACCGAUCAAGUCGCGACCGAUCGAGUCCCGAUGGAUCAAGUCGUCGUGGUUGACCAAGUGGCGAUCCAUGAUCAAGUCACGAUCGCGAUUGACCAACGUGCGGCCAUGGCGGCGGCAGUCUCAACGUCGGAUACGCCAACGAUGCUGCAGACUUCGACUCCCGAUGAAGUCGGGAUCGGCAGCGGAGAGUACUCUUCAUUGGAGGAGAGGAGCUCUGGAGAGACCCGGUGUGAAAACAGCGGUCACCAGGCUGACGUGGCAGCGAGCGCGCCUGCUUAUCCACGUGGCCAACAAGCAAUAUUAAUCAGUUUCAUCCAGUCUGAUGUCCUCCCGGGUGCUGACGUGGCGUCCCGCGAUCCCGACCCCCCUCAUCAUGCCGAUAAGCCGAACCCGCCGCAGUGUGUACUAGCUGCUGAACCUUCAACUGAACUUUCUCAGAACUACCAGUCAGAUGAAGAAUGGCGACGGUUGAGUAGCAAGCUCCACAUGCAUGGCUACAGAUACUUCGUGGAUGAGUGAGUGAGACUUCCUGGUGCAAUACCUUUCUCGGCCUUUUUGGCUAAGGGCCAGAUCCCACUGGCAAAGAGGAUUGCAAUGAAUGUCUGAAUCUGGA